AUGACACUAUCGGAUGCGCUCUACAACGAAACAGCAAUUGUUUUACAUGUUAUUCCAGCAUCAGUUGAUUUUACUACAUCAGAAUCAAUGAAAUUAUCCCAACAAUAUGAUCCAGAAGGUGAUCGACAGUUAAUAGCUGUUAGUAAAAUAGAUAAAUUUGACAAAGGAAUCAAAGAUAAACUACGAGGUUUGGGUCCAGGAUCAAUGUCAUUAAGAUUAGGCUGUGUUGCUGUGUUGAAUCGUUCACAAGAUGAAAUUGAUCAAAAGAUUAGUUUUGAUGAAAUGAAAAAACGCGAACGUGAUUUUUUUAAAUGUCAUAAAGCGUUUGAGCAUGUCCCAGAUACUUAUAAAGGUAAAUAA